AUGGCCGAACGGCGCGCGGCGGCGAUGCUGGCGGCCUCGCUGCUGACGUUGCCAGCCGCGCCGCUGGCACGUCGAUCGCCACUGUCACUCGCCGCGGUGGAGCUCUGCGACGAGGACGUGGCAAUGCGCUGCUCUGCUCAAAGCGAUGCUGGCUCUGCUGCCGACCCUGAGUGGGAGGCAGUGCUGGCGCAGCAGAUAGCAGAGGAAGCAGAGGAAGCGGAGCUCUACUGCCGCUUCGAGCGCCGUGGCGACGACUACAACAUGUACAGCGAGGAGGAGGAGGAGGAGGAUGGCCAUGCUGCUGUGCAGGGCGUGGCUGGGAAGGUGAACGAGCCGCUCGAGGAGCGGGACGAGUCGGCUCGUGUCACCGGUGGAGGAUUCAGUAUGCCGCAGGCGGCUCCCACCUCGAUGGGUUAUCACUCCUGCGACUGCAUCGAAGAGGGCUUCAACAUUCAACAAACAGGAAUCGAGGGUGACCGCAUGUCUGCAUCAGACGUGUCAUCCGUCCCGAUCGUGACCAACCAAAGCCACCCCUCUUCUCAGAUCAGUGCUUGCACCGAUACCUGA